GGAGGGCAGGGCGUGGAGAAGGGAAGCGGGUACCGGACCGUCUGCCUGGUCUGCGUCCGUCUGGCGGUUGUCACGUCGUUACGCUACUGGUUGGUCUCCGCGGCUCCGAACAGAGGAGCUUCUUUAGCCCGGCCUGCAGCAGGACGGGGCGCCGAGGCCCGCAGAGCCGCUCCAUCCAGCAUCUGGCUCAAUAGUAAUAAUAAUAAUAACAAGACGGAUGUAAUGAAAAUAGUUAAAAUAAAUAAAUUUAAAAAAAAGGUCAGAAGUGUCUCAUUUUGCAGAACCUGAAAAGUGAAAACCUUGUUUUCACCAUGAGACAUGUGCACAACAAAUCAAAGACCACAAUCCAGCAAUAAAUGAUCAAUAGUUGAUCCUCCUCUUGAUCAAUGAACGGUUAGACUGUUGUUCGACUCAGAAACAGACCUGCUCUCUUUCCCACUUCAGCCUGUUUCUUUUAGAUCAAACAUGACAUAAAACCAAGUCAGACUUAGAACCACAGGUUUCUAAAAGUCAGAACUGUGGCCCACUGAGCUUCAUGCCGUCCAGAAGAAGACACUUCAGUUUAAUUUAAUCCAUCCAUUCAUUUUCUACAGCUUAUCCCGGGUGGUGCGACCCCACACACCAGUCCAUUGCAGGGCAACACACAUACAGACAACCAUUCACACACACAAACUCACACCUAUGGGCAAUUCAGAGUGACCAAUCAACCUAAUGCAUGUUUUUGGACCAUGAGAGGAAGCCGGAGAACCCGGAGAGAACCCACACAAACACAGUGAGAACAUGCAAACUCCACACAGAAAGGCACCCAGGCUGCCCAGAAAUCAAAGCCAGGAACUUAUUGCUGUGAGGCGACAGUGCUACCCACUGCACCACAUCACAUCAUAGCACUAAAUCACAACAAGGUUAUCUUAAGGCACUUUACAAGGUAAGGUUUAAGACCUUGCACAACUAAACCGAACAAAUCCCACAUACAGCAAGCCUGUAUGUGCAGGAUGGUUGGACCAGAGACUGGACUGGACACAGGCAGGAUGGUUGGACCUGCAGCUGAGUCUGAUGGUACCUGUAGGUGUGGACAGAGUGGGGGAGAUCACAACUACUGGAGAGAAAAGGACAAGGUUAGUUAAACAUGGAACAAUGAGGUUAUUGGACAAAAAGAGGAAACAGAGGAGCUCAGUGUAUAAAUUAAGUCCCCCAGCAGUCUAUGUCUAUUGCAGCUUAACUAAGAGAUGGUUCCUGUGACUAACAAUCAUUGCCAGUGACCUGAACCAUCCCUAACUAUAAGCUUUAUCAAAAAGAAAGGUUUUAAGCCUAAUCUGGUGGAGAGUGUGUCAGCUUCUCGAACCUGAAGAGGGAGCUGGUUCCAGAGGAGACGAGCUUGGUAGCUAAAAGCUCUGCCUCACGUUCUACAUUUAAAGACUCUAGGAACCACAAGGAGCCCAGCGCUCUGAGAACAAAGUGUUCUGCUGGGAGCGGUGUGUUGUGUUACCUUCUAACACCUCAGGCUCUCCCUCUCUGUCUGUCUGGACUCCCUUUCCCAGGAUGCUCUGGGGUUUCCCAGCAGGCCAGUGAAGAUGAGUGUGACAUCAUGGUUCCUCGUCAGCAGCUCCGGCACUCGUCACCGCCUCCCCAGAGAGAUGAUCUUUGUGGGACGAGAGGACUGUGAACUGAUGCUGCAGUCUCGUAGUGUGGACAAACAACAUGCUGUCAUCAACUACAACACAGCUACUGACGAACACCUGGUGAAGGACCUGGGCAGCCUGAACGGGACGUUUGUGAACGACCUGAGGAUCCCCGAUCAGACCUACAUCACUCUCAAACUGUCUGACAUCAUCCGGUUUGGAUAUGAUUCUCACGUCUACGUUCUGGAGAAGAGUCAGCACAGAGUCCCAGAGGAGGCGCUAAAGCAUGAGAAGUACAGCAGUCAGCUCCAGAUGAACUUGAAAGCAUCAGAGGGGAAAAAGGCAGAGAAAACAGGAAGUACAAAGACUGUGACACAAGAGACUCAGGGGAGUCGGCCCACUCCUCUGUACGGCCAACCGUCCUGGUGGGGGGAGGAUGAUUAUGGGACUAAAGUUCAAAGAAGUGAUGAUCUUCCAGAAGAACACAAAGAUGCUCCGUCUGUGGAUCCAAAAUUUCCCGGAUCUUUGUCAGACUCCCAACCGCAGGCCGUCUUUUCUUCAUACCACCGUGAACCGAGCUACUUUGAGAUCCCCACCAAGGACUUUCAGCACCCCUCAGGGGUGGAGCUUCGUGAGAUCCCCACCAAGGAUACGGACACACAUGUGACCCCAUCCUCCCCUCCCACUCCAACCCCACCUGUUGUUCAGAGCCACGCCUCUUUCACUAUUGAGUUUGACGACUGCACGCCUGGCAAGAUGAAGAUCAAAGACCACGUCACUAAGUUCUCCACCCGCCUGAGGAAGCAGUCGGCUCUGCCCAACAAGGCAUCUGUUGUAACUCCCGCUGAGGUGAUGUCAGCAGAGAGCAAGGUGGCUGAUUGGCUGGUCCACAGUGAUGCCAGCAUGAUAAGGAGACGCCCACCAUGUGAAGACGUUUACAGCACUAAGAGCGAUCUUGCCAUGAACAUCAAAACCCUCAAAGGUCAUCAUCAUGAGGACGGAACCCAGAGUGAUUCAGAGGACCCAGUUCUCAAAGGAGGAAGGAGUAAAUCUCAGCACUCUGUCCAAUCAGAGCAGUCAGAGGUUCCGGACCAGAACAUCCAGUCAUUCCCACCACCUGCUCCAACACAGAAGCUCCACCAGCCACUCCAAUGUUCCCCAAGUAGACAGGCCACCUCGUCUCCUGUAGCGCCAGAGCUGACCCUGUCCCAGAGCCAGACUCUUCAAGUGCCAUCCCCUACAAAGGAAGGACCCAAGCAAGGUUACCCAGAGCAUCUGACCCAGCAGGCCUUCAUCAUUGAGUUCUUUGAUGACAACCCACGCAAAAAACGCUCACAGUCUUUCACACACAACCCUGCACAUGCUGAUUCUUACUCAGCUCUCAAGGGCAAGCUGGAACGGCGGAAAGGCAGCGAGAGGCCAGCAUCUGUGCACGGCCAUGUUCCACCCACUCAGCAGGUGACUACCCCACUGAAGAGUCAGGGCCACAGCGGCCCUCAGAGGUCAAGUUCUUUGAAGAGGGAAAAGACAGAGGGGGAGGCGGCUCCAGCCAGUUCUUCCUCCCGCUCUUCCUCAGGCAUCAUCAUCAGACCCUUUGGCAGCGUUGGGAAAAAAUCCAAGCUUGCUCAAGAGUUUGCUGCUGAAUUCCUGAAGGAUUCCAAUGGACGGGAUUUCUCACCAACAAGGGACAAGAUUUCGCCUCCACCAAUGUCUGCACCACCAGUCAUGGUGUCACCGCUUCGGGCAGGGCUUCCUUCCCCACAUGAAUCUCCUGCACCAUCUUCAGUCUCCUACCCCUCCUCUCCUUUACAACCCCCAGCUGUUUCAAAGUCCUUCACUGCCCCCAUAGCUGCUGGCCGUACUGCCUCUCCUGCGCACUCCUUUGUGCCUCCCAUGUCUUCAGUGAUGCCCCUAGGUGUCCAUGGGGGAGAACUCAAAGGUUCCCACAGGAUGAUAAGGAAUGAGGAAGAUGAUAGUUUAAGCGAUGCUGGGACCUACACCAUUGAGACAGAGUCACAGGACAAAGAAGUGGAGGAGGCUCGCAAUAUGAUUGAUCAGGUAUUUGGUGUCCUCGACUUUCCAGAGUACAGUGGUGUGAACACAGGAGUGUAUAGACCUGUAAUAAAUGAUGGCAAGGAUGAACAAGCUAACAUGCCUUGCGAUGGUGAUGGUAGCACUGUGGAUCCGUUGCAUGGCUUUAUCCCAGCUACUAUCAGCGUCCACCCAGCAGGCCCCGUUCAGCUUCCAUCUGGUCAUGCAGCAGGUCUGGAAGGACCUAAAUGGGUUUCCCGAUGGGCCAGUCUGGCUGACAGCUAUGCUGACCCUGGGUCCACUCCACCACAAGGAGAAUGUUUAGAAGAUUUGCGCUCAAUGAGCCGAUCAGUGGGAAGUUACAGCUAUGACAACUCUGAGUCAGAAUCCAGCCACAGCUCUAGGACAAGAAGAAUGCUGCCCCAGGUACCUCCAGAAAAGCUGGACGUUAUUGCCCCAAGUAUCCUGAUACGUCAUGAAUCUUAUCAAGAACCAGAGCCACUGGACAGAGGCAGUGUCUCACCCUGUCCUCAAGAUUCCACUCAACACCUGUCAAUUCAGGAUGACGUGGAUCCAGACAGUUUAAGUGAUGCCAGUCGCUCUGAUGAUGGACCACUUCUGGGGAAUGCAAAAACGAAUCAGGCCACUAUUGGUGUCACAGCUUCAGGGGCUGAUGUUUUUCAGCUCAAAGAUCAGGAGAAAGUACCCCCCUCCACCAAAUCCACGUCCUUCUACAUUGGUUCUGAAGAUCCAGCCAAAGCUAACCAGACCCGGAGUCCACUUCAGUCUAAGAGGACACAUGACCCAGUACCAAAAACACCUCCUACAACCAUCCUGAUUCGACACCUGAGUGGACAUGAAACCAGGAGGGCAGGUGUUAAGCCCAACAGCUCUGCUCCAAAUCUCCAAACUCAGGACAAGACUUCUUUUCCCACCAAUGAUGGCUGCAUAUCACCUUUUGUCCGGCAGGAGAGCUUCACUAAGGACCGGCCCAGUGAUACUGUUCAAGUGAAGAAGCUUCCCCACAUCUCGAGCCACCCAUCCAUCAGAGACUUGGAACAGAGGAGGGAAAAUAUCCAGGACUCACAGUCCUUCCUUCUGGAGGCAAAGGGAACUUUGCCCACCCCGGACACCAAGGUACCCUCAUCAGGCUCCGGUCGCAGCUCAAAGAAAGGGGGCUCCUCCAGCCACAUGGACGACUCCCUUUCUGGGGAAUCUGACGUGGACACAGCAAGCACUGUGAGUCAAGUGAGCAGUAAAAAUGCUCCCAUCAACUCUAAAAAGCGUCCAGCUAUAAGUAGUCUUCAGAAGGAGAGGUCAUCUUCCAACCCAUCCAUUCAAGACAAGGGACGACAGCCUACUGCCCGUGAACGUCUUUCUGAGAAACGCAGAAAUCAGGGAACUAGUGAUGCUUCAAGCAAGGCAGAGGCAGCAAAGCGCUUUCAGAUGCGCCGCAGUGUAGGUAACCGUGGCUCUCUGGAUCUGUCUGAGAGCCAGCAUGGUUCUGUCUCGUCAGACCAUGAAAUAUCUCGUCCAUCCAGCCGCAGCAAAAAAGGCAUUGCUUCUCUUCAAAAGGAAGACAAUGGAAAAACUGCAAAGACAGCGAAUCAACAGGUUUUGACCCGUUCCAACAGCUUGUCAGCCCCACGGCCAACUCGUGCAUCCAUGCUGCGCCGAGCACGACUUGGCGAGGCUUCAGACAAUGAAGGUGCUGAGACAGACAGAGCUUCCCAGAAUUCUGACCAUAUUGUUCCUCCAACCAAAGGCGCUACUGAGGCGAAGAAGCUAUCCAGGCUGGAUAUUUUAGCAAUGCCUAGGAAGAGGACCGGUUCUUUCACGACGCCCAGUGACAAUGAGACCUCCUCUACAGGUAGGUCCGGUUUAUCCAAUCGGAAUUCAGAUUCUGUUGUCACCACCAGGAAGACAUCAGUGGGAGAUGCCCGGCAGGCAGAAAGCAGAGGGAAUGGGGUUCCAGGGAAGCAACCCCUGACUCGUACCCGAUCCACCGGAGCCAAGUACCCCAGCUCUAGUUCCCGUCGCAGGCAGAAGGGUUCAGAUUUCACCUCUUCCUCUGAGGAAGAGUAUGGGACAAAUGGUGGUACUCCCAAGGCCAAACGCUCCUCCCACUCCUCUGCAGCUCAGAUACCCCGCGAUCACCGGACCACCGCUACUCGAUCCAAAUCCGUCUCCCUAGAGACAGAGGAGGACGAGGACCAAGAGGUGGACCCCUACCAGAACUGGUCGACACACAGUGCUGAGAUUGCCAAGCUCAGUCAGGACUUAGCUAAAGAUCUAGCCAUCCUGGCAAAGGAAAUACAUGAUGUUGCUGGAGAUGCAGACUCGCCAAGCUCUGGCAUGGGUACCACCAUCUCACCCAGUGCGCUUCCCAACACUCCAGCCUCCACCAUCUCCACCAGGGAGGAGACGCCAUCUUAUCCAUUUCUACCUCAGGUUCAACCAUUCCAGCCUGCCCAAACUCAACCCACCUCACUCUCCUGGCUUGGAUUUCAGCUGGUCCAGCAUAUCCCUGAGGCCAGUUUAAACUACCAGAAGGUUCCUCCAGGUUCUGCUGCCCUCUCUGAUCUGGAUGCAAACAUGAAUGAACCAGAGACCGGUUCUAGGCAACGCCGUCCAUGGAACCGUCAAGAGGUGAUUCUGGACAACCUGAUGCUAAAUCCUGUCUCUCAGCUUUCUCAGGCCAUCCGCGAAAACACAGAGCAGCUGGCAGAAAAAAUGAAGGUUUUGUUCCAGAACAAAGCCGAGGUCUGGGAGGAAAUUGAGGCGAAGAUCAACACUGAGAAUGAAGUUCCCAUUCUCAAAACAUCCAACAAGGAAAUUACUUCCAUUUUAAAAGAGCUGAGGAGAGUCCAGAGGCAGCUGAAAGUCAUUAACACUAUUGUGGAGCCCAGUGGAUGUCUUCAGGCUGCUGCUGUUUCCACAUCUUCUGUCAGUCAGACCCGACCCAAGGAAAAGAAGCUGACCUCCAAACCCCGUGCCCCCCCCCCCGCCUCCAACGCCAAUGAAAGCACCAAACGAGCACCUCGUGGACCUGACGGGGGCCACUACAUGGCCUGAGCAGGCCGUUGUAGCACUUCUGAAUGUUCCCUCUGCAUCCACACCAUCCCUGACCUGAGGAUUACUUAUACAAACUAUGGGCUUUGGGUCCAUCAUGGCUGUGACAUUCCUCCUGUGUGUCCAUGGUCCUUAUGAUUCCAGUGCCCAGAGCUUCUGUUUGCUGGAACCUCAUGAAGUGAGUGUUUGGUUAGGGAGGAGACACAGCUCAGAGAGUCACGCCUCUAUCUCUGGCUUCUAAAACAGGACAGAGAUCAAUUACAGCCACUGGCAGGACUAUACUGAAUUCACAUCAUCCUGGUGUGACCAUAUUUGUAUUAUCGCACAGAACACAGCACAGCAGUUAGAAUGUUUAACCCCAAUUGACCUGGCAGGAAACUGUGGAAGUAUGGAUGCAUUGGACUCAUCCAGAACCAAUCUGUCCUUUGUUUUCAGACAUUAACAAUAAAUUUAGACCUGCAUCACAACGCACAAGCUCAGCUAAAGUUAGUUCAAGCUACAGAAGCAGUAGCUGCCACAGUAGAACAUGAUGAUGUACAAACAUUUAGAGAUGAAUUCUGUGCUUUGAUAAUCUGUUGUUGCGUUUUAACAGGUUGUGUGUUUGAGUCUUUCUGUCUGUAUCUAUGAGACAUGUUGAAGCUUAAGUGCUGCUUCAAGAACAGAUGUAAAUGUAUAUUUUACUGAUUGUUUUGAGCUUUGCUGUUCUCCUGUAACCGCUCCUCUCAUUUUCAUUUUUUAGCUGUGAUUGUGCAAUAACUGUGAAACUGCUUCAGGUUGGCUGUAGCUGAAUGUUGUGAGCGCUGAAUGUCUGAGAGUUUUCUGGGACUUAAACAAAUCAGUCUAAUGUAAAAUACGAGCAGGGAGACAUCAGGCAACUUAGCUGGUCCCUAAACACAUCCUGUUGCCUCCGCUGGAUUACAGUUGGUCCUGAAGCCUAAAGGAAGACUCCUCAUGUCUACAGAAGUCAUAAACCUUAAAUUUCUGUUUGGUUGUUAGCUCAAUUCUGUCCCCUGGAGUUGAUACUAUUGGGGUAUGUCUCUACCAAAUACACAAAAUGUUUGCCCAUUUGUUUGCUCCAGCUCAGUCAGACUGGACUCACUUAGGAAGUUGUAGCUCUGACUGUGUUUGUCCUGCUGGAAGAACAACCUUUGCUUUCAUUCCCUGCAUUUAGCUUCAGCCAUCCUCCUAUUCACUCUGGCCAGCUUCCUGGCUCCUGCUGAAGGAACAUAAUGCUGCCACCACUGUCUUUGUAGGUGGGGAGGUUGUGUUCAGGCGCAUGUGAAGAAUUAGUUUUUAGCACACAACCUUUACCAUUAAGGCCAAAAGGUUCAAUGUGGAAAAGCCCAGAGCAAAAAAAAAAAAGAUUUUAUACAGUAAGCCUCUGUGUAAAUAUCCCCACAAUAGCUCUGGCAAAGUCGCUCUUGAAAUUAGAAGUGAAUGUUCACAUCUGCUGUGUUCAGGCCCAAUCUGUGCAUUUCCAGUGUUUUAGUCCCCGCAAACGUGAAUUUACGUCAAGUGAAGGCAAAUUUAUUAAGGUGUGUGUGUACACUUGUGUUGAAGUAAGAACCAAAAAACGUAUUUUCUUACGAAAGUGAGGACAUUUUGGCUGCUCUUAAGUUGAAGGCCUGUUUGAGGGUUAAGAUGUGAUUUUAGGGCUGAGUUUAGAAUUGAGUUCUGGUACGGAUUAGAGCAAAGGUUAGACGUCUGCCUUUAGGUGUGAUGGUAAGGGUUAGGGGCUAGGCAAGGCAUUAUGUCUAUGGACGUCCUCGCUUCCAUGUAAGUGCAAGGAUGGGUGUGUGUGCAUGUGCAUCUGGGCCUCGGGUUCAAACCUAGUUUUUGUCUGUCUGACACAAUUAAUGACACUGGGGGUUAUUUCCUACAUCUGAACGUAUAAAGACAAAGUAAAGCUUCACGUCACUGAUGUCUGUACCAGUCUUUGUCCUAAGACUAGCUUCCUGUCACAGUGAAGCAUCAAUGAUCUGCUACACAUACAAGUCAGACUAAGGCUUCUCCCCAUUUCCAGUCUUUGUGCUAAGCUAAGCUAACUGAUCUCACAGGUGGAGCUGAGCUUCUUCUGGGUUCUUUUAUUCACUCAUGGUGCCAUUUCAUGCUCUGCCGUCUGGAUCUGGACCUGACUGGCUGCUGCAGUGCUGAUGUAAACGCUGGCCUGGGCUUCCUGCACUGUGCUUAAUGUUGUUUCAGUGCAUGAGUAACUGAAAAGAUUAAGCUAAACUCUGUUUCCUGGUAUUAGAAACUUUUAUAUGCACCCGAUCAUGGUUUAUGGAGUAGAGUGUAUGGUUCUGGUGGAGAUGAACCAGCCUUUGUUCUCUGGACUCAUGUAAUCAUCAUCAGCAGGAUUUCUUUGUAUCACUGCAUCAUUUGUAAUAAAUUGACUUUAUGCACCAAGA